AUGACCAGCAACGUCAGCAACCCACUGGCGGAGUACCUGGGCCACCCCGCCCUGUACGAGUCCACUCUGCGGUACAUGACGUACCUCCGCAACAAGCAGGCCGAGGACCUGGGCAUGGAGGCACGUCACGUGACCAACCUCAGCCUGCGCCGCCAGUACAUUCAGCAGCUGGCAGCUGAUUUCCACCUCGUCAUGAUCACAGAGUUUUUCGACGAGUCGCUCGUGCUGCUUCGGCGCCUGCUGUGCUGGGACGUGCAGGACGUGCUGUACCUGCCCAAGAACAGAAAUCACCUGAAGAAGGAGCGCACCUUUAGCGCCGAGCACCGCCGGCAACACCGACUACUCUCCAUAGCAGAUUACGAUCUGUAUCACUACUUCUAUCAACGAUUUAUCUUGACGAUGAAAAGCCAAGAACCUGAUUUCCAAGAGGAAGUAAGUUACUUCAAGGAGCUGCUGGGCCACGUGCAAACACAGUGCGUGCAGGAGGGUGAAGUGACUGUGAACAGGUCGCAGUGGCAUGCUCAGUUCACACUGACACGCCGAGACUGCCAGCUGAUGCAGCAAAGUGAGCUCCCGUUCUUGGAUGACAUUAUAAUGGACGCACUAAUGCGUUAUCACCUGAGCGUUAAAAACAACUAG